GCGACAACGUCCCGUCCAACGCUGUGAUUCCUCGGAAGUUGUGAGAGCGUGCUCCCCAACACAACCAAAACAAUGAAAGCUAUCGUUCAGAGGGUCACCAAGGCGACUGUGACAGUGGGAGAGGAGCAGGUCAGUUCAAUAGGACGAGGACUGUGUGUGCUCCUGGGUAUAUCUGUGGACGACACCCAGAGGGAUGCUGACUACAUAGUACGAAAGAUCCUGAACCUCCGGCUGUUUGAAGAUGAGAACGGGCGAGCAUGGAGCAAAAGUGUCAUGGAUCGGGACUUUGAGGUGCUGUGUGUGAGCCAGUUCACCCUGCACUGUAUACUGAAGGGAAACAAGCCAGACUUCCACUCAGCCAUGCCUGCAGAGCUGGCCCAGCCCUUCUACAACAGCAUCCUGGAGAACAUGAGGAGUGCCUACAAACCAGAGCUUAUCAAGGAUGGGAAGUUUGGAGCCUACAUGCAGGUCCACAUACAAAACGACGGACCUGUUACCAUUGAACUGACCUCACCUGCUGGUACCACAGACCCCAAACAGCUGUCGAAACAGGAGAAGCAGCAGCAGAGGAAAGAGAAGACGCGCACCAAGGGCCCCUCAGAGUCGGGCAGGGACAAGGGCACCCUGCGUUCCCGACCCGACCCAAACGCCAGUAGUGGAGCAGAGGGUGACGUGUCUUCAGAGAGGGAGCCCUAGGUUAGCAGGUUGUCGUACCGGGGACAGUGAGCCCAGUUUCCUCAGGAAGGCCCUAAUCCUCAGUGACUUACACCUGAUUGUGGACUGUCCUCCUCCCUGUUUGGAAAUCAGCUGGAUUCUUUGCCGCAGAACAUCUUCUACUUGCUGCUGUCCUUGGCCUCUCUUCUUCAGAAUCAGAUAGGGCCAGCUAGGUGUAAUCAAAGUAGCAAAGAGGAUGUGAGAGAUUGAACAAGGGGUGCUUGGAAAGAGGGAGCAUGGGUGAUAUAGGAUAGAACAAAACAUCAACAACACUACAUUGAGUGGCCUAGUAGCUUUCUGUCUUUUUCCUACUGACUUUCAGUCCACGAUUCUUUUCUCUCUCUCUAUCGUCUUCCUCUCUCUACCUGUUUCACUCUCAGCCUGCUGUUCCCACUUAAUCUCUGCUCAGAAACAUGGCACUGACCCUGAAGCACAGCUCAGCUCCAAUACCUUGACCUGCAGCACGGCAAAAGAACAUCAGAACAGUGAUAAUGUAACAGUCUUGCCAAAUUGAUUGCAGCAGUGACACCUCAUGAUUGGUUUAGAGGUCCAACUGAAAUUGCAGGUCUUCCCUUUAAAUUACUUGCCGUCUAACAAAAUCAAUCAACAAAAUUUACAUUUUAUAGCUAGACACAGCACAACAUGUAAAAGGCCUUUAGGCUUUGAACAACAACCCACAGCUCUCUGUUAAUGUGCGUUGGUUGUCGGACUUUAAAUAAAAUGUGUAGACCCACUUAAAGGAAAUAAUCGUUUCGACUGCAGGGAGAGAUGGUACCAUUGUGCUGACUCCAACUGUUAUUGAUUUUGUCGAUCAAGUAACUUCAGCUUAGUGACUACGAGUCAUUUUGUCUCAAUUACCUGUACUUCACCUCUGUGGAGAGGAGCCAGCUGUGCGUCACUGUCACUGAACCCUUGGACCGAUGUAGCUGGGCAGACUUUGGCUUCACAGAAUUACAUAUACACCGUUUAUUAAACUGUUAUCCCUAUUAUUAUUAUUAUUAUUAUUAUUAUUAUUAUUAUCAUUAUUAUUAAUAAAGUGUCCUGCCGUCAUUUAAUGACAGAUCUGAAUGUACAUUUUGUUACUUUAUAAAGACGUCAGUAGAAAACUUGA